AUGUCCGAGAUGCGGAGAAUGUUCCGCAAUGUAUCGCGGAUACACGAAUUGCACCCCGCAGACAAAUUCGUCACAAUCAAUCAGCAGUCCGUGGAACAUAUCACACAUUUAGAAUCAAACUCAACCUGGGAAUGGUAUGCGAUACUUUCGUCACUCACGCGUGGCUUGCAAGAAAAAAAAUUCGCGGAUGUCAUGAUUGGUGACGUUCGAUUUUACGAUAGUCGCGGGAGAUGCUAUGUACAGCUCCGCACGGCUGGAGCUCUCGACUCUAAACGUUCGCCUCUCGUUAUUUUUUCAGUCAUUCUGAUGGGUCUCGGGCAUGUUUACGACACAACCGCAGCAUGGGAGCGGGGGCAACCAUCCGAUAUUGUAAAAAUAUGGUUUGUAGAGUGGGAUUUCAGUAGGCUGUCCGUGUGGUUAAUCGCGACGACCUUGCACUUGGUUUUCGUGAUCGGAAUGAGCGUAGCUGUGCUUGCCCGAGGCGCGGGACGUAUAUUGGGCGCACCUAGCAAGCAGUGUUAUCGGAUGGGCUUCGAGAGUCUGGACCGUUGGCUUAGACCGUCUUGGGUAUGGGUAAUUCCCUGCUUAAUCCGUAAUUAUCGGUGCCAGAGCUUGGGUACUGCAUUGAGUACGGGAUGGGAGGGCCUACGCAUGUUUAUCUUUGGUGAAUUUGGCGGAGUAACACAAUUCGCCUUGAAUGUCGGAGUGAAUGGAAAAAGCGCAGAUAGCGCAUCGGGACUGAUGCGGACAAACUAA